AGCCUGAACCCGGGGUCGGCACGUGGGCCCCGCCAUGGCUGGGAGCAGCCGGUCGCCGCAGGCCCGGGCGCUCCUGCAGCAGUGCCUGCACGCCCGGCUGCAAGUGCGCCCCGCCGAGGGGGACUCCGCGGCCCAGUGGGUGGAGGUUCAGAGAGGAUUAGUGAUCUACGUGUGCUUUUUCAAGGGAGCUGAUAAAGAACUUCUUCCAAAAAUGGUUAAUACACUGUUAAAUGUGAAAUUAAGCGAAACAGAAAAUGGCAAGCUCGUCUCUAUAUUGGAUCUACCUGGCAACGUUCUCAUCGUUCCUCAAGCCACCCUUGGGGGGAAAGUGAAAGGCAGAAGCAUGCAGUAUCACUCUAACUCUGGGAAAGAAGAAGGGUUAGAACUCUAUUCCCAAUUUGUGAGUCUCUGCGAAAAAGAAUUGGCUGCGAACAGCAAGUGUGCUGAAGCUGGGGUUGUGGUGGAACAUGGCACUUAUGGGAACAAGCAGGUGUUAAAGCUGGAUACCAAUGGACCAUACACACACCUGAUUGAGUUUUGAGAAGUUAAAAGUUUCUACAGUUGUUUUCUGGUAUGAAGUGAUCCAAACUAUAAUUAGAUUUCCCUUGCCCCUCUUCUUCUUGAAUAUGAUAAUCUGAAGCAUUUUUAGACAAGAAAAUCCUGGGUCCCAUCCAUAACUCUGCAACCUGCUGAUUGAAUGAACUUGCCAAUCACUUGUACUCUGGAUCUCAGUCACCUUUCAUUCUGCUUUCCCCUACACUUCGACUUGAAAUUUUGAGAAAUGCUUUCUAUUCACUUUAUGGUCAUUGUGGAAAUGUUCUUAGCUGUAUGUAUUUUGUAAAUGAAGAGUUUUGUGCAAUCAAGAAAAAUAUUUCUUAUACCCUCAAAUUUAUGUAGUAUGUAAUAAAAAUAACUAUUAAAAUUAGUUAAAAUCCAGCACAAACCAAUUAUAAUCUUGUCAGUUUUGUUUUACUAUUCAGUUUUCUAUAUUUUGAAUGAAAAAUAUGCAAUUUACUAUUCUUUUUAAUACCUAUGAAAAUGUAAUAUAGAAAUGUUACUGUGUAUUAUAAUAUUACUUUCCAAGGAUAUCAAAGUGUUUUUAAAUUAUUUUAAGAAUCUUUAUUUGAUAUAGGAACAAGGUAUGGGGAAUUAAAAGUUGUUUUUAUUUACUAUA